UCGGCCCCUCACGGAUCCACAAAGGCAUCAGCCGGUUGCCGCGCUCUGUAAGCGGCAACCACAGCCACCGCUAGUGCUCGCCGCACGUAUGGCAUCGGUCACCUCGCUGCGAAAGCUGCUCGACGCCAUCGUCGGCGAGGAGGGUUCAGCGAGGUCCAAGUUUGUCGACGGCACUGUGCUGCAGACCAUCUCGACGCUCACGCUUGGCCAGCCGUUUGAGGUCUGGAAGACGCGGAUGGGACGGCACAGGACAGAGACGACCGUGGGCUCAUUCAGGCACAUACUGCACAGCGGAGGCGUCCGCGCAUUUUACGCCGGCACUGGGCCGAAGCUGGUUGAGAGCGCCACAAAGGGCGGCGUGCUGCUGGUCGCCAAGGACGCGAUCCAGGAGAGCUUGAAGGGUGCGGGCGUCUCGUCAACCACCGCUGGCUUCGUGGGCGGCGCGGGCGGCGGCGUCGCGCAGACCGUGGUGAUGGGGCCCUGCACCUAUCUUGUCACUGCGAUGGUGCUCGGCAAGGAGCAGUCGGUGUGGGGCAUCAUGCGGCGCACCUGGGCCAGCAAGGGCCUCCUCGGCUUCUACCCGGGCGGCUCAGCCAUCGCCGCGCGGCAGGCGAGCAACUGGGCGAGCCGCGUCGGCUUCACCGAGGCGGUGCGGACCAAGAUGAAGGCGGCGCACGGCGACCCGACGCGGCGGCUCUCGAUACACGAGGAGUGCUGGGCGGGCAUCAUCGGCGGCGUCCUUUCGUGCUGGAACCACCCCUUUGAGGUCGCGCGGAUCGAGAUGCAGGCGCGCGCGCUCUCGGGGGAGCCGGCAGUGGGGAUGAUUGCGGUGCUGCGCCAGGUCCACGCAGAGAGCGGCGUGGGCGGCCUCUUUCAGGGUCUGAUCCCGAGGAUGGGAACCAACGUGUGGCUAACCCUGUUCCUCGUCUCGGGGGCGAACAUCGUGAAGCAGUGCCGCGAGGGCUCCACAGAGGCAAUCUGCACGGCGAGCGCAAACCCGCAGCACCACUGUGCGUGACCGAGUCCACCCUAGAGUCCACCGAGUCGCGAGACCGAGAGUCUGCCCCCGAGAGGAGGCCUCGUCGUUCUCCCGUGAGCCGUGACCUGAGGUUUAGUUCCUUGACACACACCAGACCUCGGGAAACCGAGCCGUGUGCAGGUACAGUGUUGCUAUUAUUUUGUCCAGUACUCUGUAUAUUGUUGCAAGUCUCGUAGAAGUUUGAGAGUGAGAAGUGUGUCGGAGAUCG